ACGCGUAUUGACAGCAUCGUGAACAUGGCUGAGAGACGUAGGAGACGGACAGGCUGCCUCACCUGCAGAGCACGACAUGUCAAGUGCGAUGAACGAAAGCCUGAAUGUGAACGCUGCGAGGCUGGAAAUAUUGAAUGCGCAGGCUAUCUUCCGAAAAAGCAAGUAGAAGUGCGGGAGUCGCAACGCCGUGGCCGUCGUGCUCGUCCUGGAUCAUCUUCAGCUCUCAGCAAUAUUGCUACACCCCCACAUUCUCUUUCUCCAGACGCUUCAUCACUUUCAUUGACUGGGGAAAUCGCCAAUUAUCCCCACCAGCUCUUUCGCAGCGAUGGACUUCCACUCGUCGGUUUACCCAGCAACCCACGUCCCUCUCAGAGGCCAUUAGCAGGUGCUCGAGAAGUACUUGCGUAUCACCAAUUUCUCUUUCGCACGCUGCCAAUUCUCUUUCCUGCAGAACACUUGUGGUUUUGGAGAGACAGAUUAUGCGAAGAAGGAUGGGGAAUCGAAUACUUAUACAUGACGUUUUCAUCGCUCGGCAGCAUGCAUCGUGCUGUAUUAAUGAUGUCGAUGCCGGGUGAAAGCGACCGGGAUCGAGGACUAGACACUAAAGUGAUUGCUAUCCAAGCAUACACUUUUGCUCUUCAGGAGCUAAGCCGAUAUUUAGAAGAGGCAAAGAAAACGCAGGAUGUUUUCAUUGCCACUCUUAUACUAAUGGCCUAUUUCGAGUGCUUCUCUUGCAAUAUAACGGCAGCAUACAGCCAUAUACGUUCAGCAAGCUAUUAUUUCGAAAUAUACAAGGCUCGUGUUUCACGUCAAAAAGCUAAGAACACUCCUGCUCUAGACUGUCUUGAUACAGCUCUUCAGAAUUUGAGUUGGAUGUGCUUCAUGGCACUACCUCUACAAAACAAGAUGCCCUCAACUUGGCAAGCCCUUACGGUAUCCGAAGAGGCUCCCGGGACACCGACGUCUUUGCGACAAAAUCUACUCAACAUCCUGGCUGAGUCUGGGUUAGGAGAUUUCAUAUGGAACCUAGUGCCACGGUACUCGAAGUCUAUGGCCCUUGCUAAAAUUUACUGGCUACAACAAAAGCUGCAAGCGUGGAGAAACGUAAAUAAACCAAUUCUACAGCCUUUGGCCUCAGACAUGGUAGAGUCAAAUGAAGUGAAGCUUUUAGAGGAUCCCUUCCUUAUCCCACCUCCCCUCUAUCCGACAACGACACCAUACGAUUCCUCUGCUUCUCUCUGUAGCUUUCUUUUAGGCCGCACCUUUUGGCUUUUAUCGAUCCUCGAAGAUGGCGUAAAUGCAGAAGCACACAAACAGCGGGCAUUUUUGCACUUUUACGAGGCAUUGCAAUUUGCGGUGACAGACAGAGCUUGUAAAGCAGUACGUCCGAGUAACGGGAGUGCGAAAUAUUCAUCUCCAUUGCCUUGCGAAGACCUCGAAAACGGAAUGUUAUCUAUGCUUUACAUAAUUGGGCAAUGUUCCCCUGAGCCCUCCUGGCUGCUUUGGAUCAUACAGUUUAUGAAGCAUUCCGGAAGGCAAGGCCUAUAUAAUGGGCUCGUCUAUGCCGCUAGCCUCGAAACUUGGCAUUCAUUCGAGGUGAAUAAUAGUGAUUUGCAAGACGAUUUUCUAGUGCAGUACCCAGAGCCCCCAUCACGAACGAUAUCAGUCCUCGUUCCAGACGCGAAUGGGACUGAUUAUGUCACGUACUAUGCUAAGCCGGCUGCAAUAGAUGAGUUGCUUAUAAGCAAUGGCGGCUUGAUGUAUUAUCUCCUUGGCGACACACAUUUGUCACGUCGACUAUCGGACGACCACAUUGAGCAAAGUGUCCAUAUAUAUCACCAACAAGGUCUAGAUAUGGAAUUAUUCACGCCUGAUUGGCUCCAAAGCCAAGCUAUUUGCCUCGACUGGCAGCAUCGAUCGCUCCAAGUAGAAUUUGAUUUAAAUUGUAUCCUUCAAGACCAUGUAAACGGGGGAGAGUUUUCCACACCGAUGGACUUUAGCUGCUAAUUCUAUUGUUAUAUACUUUCAAUAUAUGCCUUGGGC